AUUCACAAACAAGACUCCUCUCCGACGUGUGUCUGUCUUCGCAUUUUCCAGCGAUGCAGAACUCCACUGCGGCUCUGCCGCCACAAGACGACGACGACGACAGCCGCCGCCUCUUCCUUCCACUUCUCGAUUCUCCGCCGGAAACCGUCGCCGGAGGAGCUCCCAAAGUUGCCGCUGAAAGAGAGAGCCGCCGUCGUCUCAAUAAAUACGUGCUCGCCGCCGCUGUUCUGGCUUCCACCAACUCCGUUCUCCUCGGCUACGAUAUAGGAGUGAUGAGUGGUGCGAUUUUGUACAUCAAAGAGAAUCUGACGAUUACCACAGAACAAGAAGAGAUCUUAGUUGGUUCUUURAACGUUUGUUCUCUCAUCGGAGCUCUCGCCUCCGGCAAGACCUCCGACUGGAUCGGCCGGCGAUAUACAAUUGUCAUCGCAGCGGCCACAUUCCUCGCCGGCGCGAUAUUGAUGAGCUUCGCACCGUCUUUCCCCUUCAUCGUCGCCGGACGCGUCGUCGCCGGCAUCGGCGUAGGAUUCUCCCUCACGAUCGCUCCGGUGUACAUCGCCGAGCUCUCGCCGGCGUUAACUCGCGGCCUCCUCACGUCUCUGCCGGAGAUCUUCAUCAACGCCGGAAUUUUACUUGGAUACAUCUCGAAUUACGCUUUCGCCGGUCUUCCUGCAAGCAUAAACUGGAGAUUGAUGCUCGGAAUCGCAGCAUUUCCGGCGGUAUUUGUCGCCUUCGGCAUCUCCGCCAUGCCGGAAUCGCCUCGCUGGCUUGCGAUGAAAGGUCGAGAAAUCGAAGCGAAACGAAAUCUGAUCAAAAUUUCCGAUUCGAAUGAAGAAGCCGAACUCAGAUUUAGAGAAAUUAUAAAAUCCGCUUCCUCUGCUUCCGGCAAAUGGCGCGGCGAAGGCGUGUGGAAAGAAUUGUUACUGAAUCCUUCUCCGUCGGUCCGCCGAAUUCUGAUCGCCGCCAUUGGAGUCAAUUUCUUCAUGCAGGCUUCUGGAAACGACGCCGUUGUGUAUUACAGUCCGGAGGUUUUUCGAGACGCCGGAAUUGAAGAUAACAAGCAACUCGUCGGCGUAACAGUCAUAAUGGGAAUCGCGGCCGUUUCGGUGAACCGGUUGGUAAGUGGUUUGGUGGCAAUGACAUUUCUGACAAUUUCGAGGAAAAUAACGUUCGGAGGUAUGUUUUUCUGCCUCGCCGGGAUAAUGGCGGCGGCGACGGCUUUCUUUUACCGCUUUCUGCCGGAGACUAAGGGAAGAAGUUUGGAAGAAAUUGAAACUCUCUUUGAGGACGAACUUCAUUAGGAAAAAAAAAUCAAAUAAAUAAAUCUCAUUUUAUUUUGGUC